AUGAGGAAUGCAGUUCCCUAUCAGCAAAACCCCUACACUCCUGGGAGCAGCUCCACUGUCAUCCAGUGUUACCGCUGCGGGGACACCUGCAAGGGAGAGGUGGUUCGUGUCCAGAGCAACCACUUCCACAUCCGCUGCUUCACCUGCCAAGUGUGCGGCUGUGACCUGGCCCAGUCCGGCUUCUUCUUUAAGAACCAGGAGUACAUCUGCACCCACGACUACCAGCAGCUCUAUGGGACCCGCUGUGACAGCUGCGGGGACUUCAUCACCGGAGAGGUCAUCUCCGCCCUCGGGAGGACCUACCACCCCAAGUGCUUUGUCUGCAGCACCUGCAGGAAGCCAUUCCCCAUUGGAGACAAGGUGACGUUCAGCGGGAAGGACUGUGUCUGCCAGAACUGCUCCCAUUCUCUCAUCAGCACCAAACCCAUCAAGAUCCAUGGGCCCAGCCACUGUGCAGGCUGCAAGGAGGAGAUUAAGCAAGGCCAGUCCCUCCUGGCCCUGGAGAAGCAGUGGCACGUCAGCUGCUUCAAGUGCCAAACGUGUGGGAUCAUCCUCACUGGCGAGUACAUCAGCAAGGAUGGUGUCCCGUACUGCGAGUCUGACUACCAUGCCCAGUUUGGCAUCAAGUGCGAGACCUGCAACCGGUACAUCAGCGGCAGGGUCCUGGAGGCAGGAGGGAAGCACUAUCACCCUACCUGUGCCAGAUGUGUCCGCUGCCACCAGAUGUUCACGGAAGGCGAAGAGAUGUAUCUCACAGGCUCCGAAGUGUGGCACCCCAUCUGCAAGCAGGCAGCCAGAGCAGAGAAGAAGCUCAAGCACAGAAGGACAUCAGAAACCUCCAUCUCACCUCCCGGUUCCAGCAUCGGUUCCCCAAACCGCGUCAUCUGCGCUAAAGUCGAUAAUGAGAUCCUUAAUUACAAAGAUCUGGCAGCUCUUCCCAAGAUUAAAGCCAUCUAUGAAGUGCAGCGUCCUGACCUCAUUUCCUACGAGCCCUAUCACAGAUACAUGUCGGAUGAGACGCUGGAGAGAUAUAGCUAUGGGGAGUCCCUGGGGACCCUCUCCCCGUACUCACAGGACAUCUACGAGAGCUUUGACACUCGGCAGAGACGAGCCUCCAGCCCUGGCUACAUUGACUCCCCCACCUACAGCCGCCAGGGCAUGUCCCCCACCAUCCCAAGGUCCCCCCAUCAUUUCUACCGCUCAGGCACCGAGAGUGGGCGCAGCUCCCCCUACUAUAGCCAGUUAGAUGUGAGGUCCUCCACUCCAACCUCAUACCAAGCUCCCAAGCAUUUCCACAUCCCAGGUAGGCUCUGGAGCCCCCCGGGCCCUGGGAAGCGCCACAACCUCCCUGCAGCCACGAAAAGUAAAACCAGCGAAGACAUCGCACAGUCAUCCAAGUACAGCCCUGCCUACUCCCCGGACCCGUACUACCACUCUGAGUCAGAGUACUGGUCCUUCCAGGGCUCCCCCAAAGCCCCCAGGGCCCGGAGGUUCUCUUCAGGAGGCGAGGAGGACGGGUACGACCGGGGCAUGCACAAGAUCCAGAGUGGCAUCGGCAGGCUGAUCCUGAGGGAGGAGAUGAAGGCUCGGUCCAACUCCUACGCAGACCCCUGGACCCCCCCUCGCAGCUCGGCCAGCAGCAGAGAAGCCCUGCACAUGGCUGGCUACGAGGGCUCCCUCAACGGCUCUCCCCGGACGCACUACCUGGCUGACAGCGAUCCCCUCAUUUCUAAGUCGGCCUCCCUCCCUGCCUACAGGAGGAAUGGGUUGCACAGGCCUCCCAGUGCCGAGCUUUUCCACUAUGACAGCACGAAUGCCGUCAACUGGGGGAUGCGAGAGUACAAGAUAUACCCCUAUGAGCUGCUUCUGGUGAAGACGAGGGGGAGGAACCAGCUGCCCAAAGAUGUGGACAGGACUCGGUUAGAGCGCCACCUCUCCCAAGAGGAAUUCUACCAGAUCUUUGGUAUGACCAUCGCCGAGUUUGACCGCCUGGCCCUCUGGAAGAGGAACGAGCUGAAGAAGCAGGCCCGGCUCUUUUAAAUGCUGUGCACUAUAAAUAUAUACAUACCUAUAAAUAUAUACAUAGAAAGAUCUCUAUGCAGCUCUGUAUGAUUCUCGGUGCUGUACACGGCAGAGGUGCCCCCUGCACCCCUGAGAGUGAAUUGGAGUCUUGCAGA